GAGAGAGAGAGAGACAUUGGCAGAGAGAGAGAGAGAGAGUCGAGCAUCAUCAGACAGCAGAGCUGAGAUCAGAGCACAGAGAAUCAUCACCGAACAUUCAGCGGCUUGUUUUCAGGCCCAGCUGCAGAAUCCUUCGUCAUGACUAAAGAGGAGAACCUGGAGGUGCAGGAGAAGGAGAGACAUGAUCGUGAGGAGCAGGAGGAGGGAAGAGUUCAGAAAGAAGAGGAGGAGGCUCUAACAGAAGAGGAGGAAGAACAUGAGGAAGGGGAGGAGGAAGAUGAAGAGGAGGAAUACGAGCUAGAGGAGGAGAGGGCAGAAGUGGAUGAGGAGGAGGACGAUGAGCCGGAGGAGGAGUGUGAGGAAAGAGAGGAGAGGGAUGAAGAUUUGGAUCCAGUGGCUGAUCUGGAACCCAGCACCGAGCCUGAGCCUGAGCCACUGUCAGUGUCCGAGUAUCAAAGUCCAGUUCACGAGCCGCGCCGCCGUGCCAUGGUGCACCCCUCUGCCCAGGCACCGCUGCCCAAAGACUAUGCCUUUACCUUCUUUGACCCGAAUGACCCGGCGUGUUUGGAGAUCCUCAUGGAUCCUCGGACCACCAUCCCUGAGCUGUUUGCCAUUGUGCGUCAGUGGGUUCCCCAAGUGCAGCACAAGAUUGACAUCAUUGGCAACGAGAUCCUAAAGCGCGGUUGCCAUGUGAACGACCGUGAUGGUUUAACUGACAUGACACUGCUUCACUACAGCUGUAAGGCCGGAGCACAUGGAGUUGGUGAUCCGGCAGCCGCUCUGCGUCUCACCAGUCAGCUGAUCUCCUUGGGUGCCGACGUGAGUCUGAGAAGUCGCUGGACCAACAUGAAUGCACUGCACUACGCUGCUUAUUUUGACGUUCCAGAACUGAUCCGAAUUCUGCUCAAAGCCGCCAAACCCAGAGUGAUGAACUCCACAUGCAGUGAUUUCCACUAUGGCACAGCGCUUCACAUCGCUGCCUCCAACCUCUGCCUGGGUGCAGUAAAGUGUCUGCUGGAGCACGGAGCCAGCCCAAUUGUCCGGAAUGAGAAGGGCCAGGUUCCAGGAGAGGUAGUUCCUGACCCAAUGGACAUGAGCCUGGACAAGGCCGAAGCCGCCAUGGUGGCCAAAGAGCUGAAACAGCUGCUGCUGGAUGCCGUCCCCCUGAGCUGUAACCUCCCCAGAGCCACGCUCCUCAACUACGACAACAUCCCGGGAAACCUGAUGCUGACCUCACUGGGACUGAAGCUGGGAGACCGUGUGUUGCUGGAUGACAUGAAGCUCCAGAGAGACAAGAGCAGAGACAACGUCCUGCCUGAAAACCUCACACAGAUGGGCACUCUGAGGUUUUGUGGUACCACAGAGUUUGCCAGCGGCCAGUGGGUUGGCGUGGAGCUUGACGAGCCCGAAGGGAAGAAUGACGGCAGUGUGGGUGGUGUUCGCUACUUCAUCUGCCCUCCUAAACUAGGGAUUUUUGCUCCAGUGUCAAAGAUUUCCAAGGCUGUGGACCAGACGGUCUCAUCCGUCACCUCCACCCCCCGAACCCCCCGCAUGGACCUGGCCUCCCGCCUCGCUGGAAAAACCCAGAAGGAGAAAGAGAAGAAGGAAAAGGAGCGACAGAAGGCUGAGAGGAAAAAGUCGUCAGCAGCCGGUCUGGAUCCUGAGGGGAUCAACGUGGAAGUUGGAGAUCAGGUUCUGGUGGCUGGACAGAAACACGGCAUCGUGCGCUACUUCGGCAAAACAGACUUUGCUCCAGGUUACUGGUUUGGCGUCGAGUUGGAUCAGCCGACAGGCAAACAUGACGGCUCCGUGUUCGGAGUCCGUUACUUCAGCUGCCUGCCCAAAUAUGGAGUCUUUGCUCCACCCUCCCGCGUCCAGAGAAUUGGAGGCCCUAAAGACGGCUCGCACAGUGACAACACCAUGGUGAAGAAAGUCCACCAAGUCACCAUGGCACAGCCUAAGCGUAACUUCAACACGAUGCGUUCUCCUAAAGACCUGACCUCCGAGAACUCCAUAUCCAGGUUGCUGUUCUGCUGUUGGUUUCCGUGGAUGCUUCGCGCUGAGAUGCAGUCCUAACCACGCCCCUCCUCCCUCACUCCUCCUCCUCCUCUACCACACGAUCGAUCUCUCCGCGCUCUCCAUCUUUUUACGUUUGCUUUCCUCUCUUGACUCUGAGUCUCCUCAGACUAUUGUGUGGUUGUCGCUCUCACUGACCCCCUCCUCUCUCUCACACACUCUUAGCCCAAAUCCGUCUAAUUAAUAUGUUCUAUAGCAAAAUCUAUAGUGCCUUGUAUCUGAUCAAAAUGUCCUGCAUUCGUUAAACCAAUUUGUUAUUUACAGAGUUUUUGCUGCUACACGUUUUAUUUUUGCUGCCAAAUUCUUUCAUAUUUAGUGCCAGAUUAAUGUCGACACCUGAGAAUAAUCCUGACAUUUUGAAAUCUGGAAACGUAAUCUGCAUAGCAAUCUGAAAGCAAACAUUGAUCCUGCAAAACUAAUCCUGAAGAGUAAUUUUUGAUUCUGACCGAGGCUCAGACAGAAUCGGAUAAAUAAUUUAAAAGUGUCUCAUAGCUAAGCAAUCCUGUGCAACUCAACAUGGAUAACUUAUGCAGAAAGUGUUUUUAGUUGUCGUCCAGUUGCUUCUUUAUCUGGCUGCUGCUGCCUCUUUGCUUCUUGUGUUUGUCUUUUAGCGGCUACCGUGUCUGAUGUGGAGACUUGAAUUUCUCUGUUGUGUUGAGACUCUCUCUCUCUCUUAAAUCAUACCGAGACGUGUAUAAAAACAUCUUGGAGUGUGCGAUUAAACGUUUACAACAGGGAAAAAUUGAUAUCAGGAGAUAUUGAGCUCUUACUUUUGAUGAAAUGGAAAGACCUACAAAUGAGAAGGUCUCGGGGUGUAAAUCCGGCCAUGGCUGCCGGGGCCAAGUGUGAUAUUGAUGAGCACUCUGCAGUGAAAGGUUGAAAAUAUUGUACAUUUUAUGUCCCUGGAGACAAAUGUGUGGCAACAGAAUGAAGAAUAACAGAGUUAAACUUGACUAAGCCUCAGAGAGAGAGAGUUUUUGCACUCAGAGAAUCGUGGUCACUAAACGUGAUCUUGUGCAGUCAGAGCUUCAUGUCCUACAAAUCCAUCAUCAUGAGUGUGACGCAGCUUUAAUCUCAGAUGUUCAAUUGAAAACAGGGUUUAUCAGCGACUGUAUUUGAUCAUAGUGUUUGCAGUCAGUUAUAUAUUUUUGUUUGUUUGUACAUAACAAAGUUCCUGGGUCCUUCUGUCACAUCUGUCCUCUAAUUCUAAUUAAUGUUAAAGUGUAUAAAUAAUGUCAUGUAACGGCACAUCUUAAAGUUGAAAUGUAGCUUCUUUUUUUUUGUGGUGCAAGUUUGGAUUUAAAAAGGUCCAGUGUGCAGUGAUCGAGCGCUGCAUGUCAGACCAAAACAAAAACAAUCAUAAAAAAGCUAACGCUAGAGCGCUAUUGUGCCAAGUCAUGAAGGUCACCGAUGACAACAGACGUGCAAUAUAACCAAAUUAGUUCAGUACGAGUUCAAGAGAAGGAACCAGAAGCUCAUUUCACAGCAGGUAGAGCUUUCCCAUCUUGGAAAUGCCAAACCAAAAUUACGUCUAAAUGAGCUGAAAUCUGCAGAGUCACACUCGUCUGUUUCUACUUGUAACACCGCCGACAUUGGGAAGUUGCAUCCAGCCUCUCUGAUGGUGUUCAAAUACAACAGACGCUCGAAAUACACACAGAAUAUCUGUUUCUGAUACUUGUGUGAGGGCAGAAUGUUGCAUAUUGGACCUGGAACUAAAGAUUGUACCACAAAGGAAAUGGCCGGAGUCAGCAUCACGUCUUUUUACAAACAAUACUGUAGAUAGAUGAUAAGUGUUUUUAAUUAAUGAAUUAAUCAAUCAAUCAAUAAUAUUAUUAUUAGUACAACUAGUUGACUUACAGUGUAAUAUAGAAAUCUUAUCGAGCUGCAAUCAUAAUUUUCCAUGAACCAAAACUGCUUAGAGACCCAAAAUGAUCAAAGUGUUUUUAAUAUUAGUGUCUGUGUUGAUUUUGAAGCUAAUAUUUGUCAUCAAUAACCCUCGUGUCCCCUCAUCAGACUGUCAUCUCGAUCAAUAUUUCUCCAUCAUCCCUCUCUUUUCCUCUCCUCUCCUCUCAUGCCUCUUUCUCCAUCUAAAUAAGAUUUCUGUACUUUCUGUGACCGUGAGCAUCCGUGAGAAGACUUGAACCUAUCUAAACCUACGUGUGCUUAAUGUAAAACUCUCUUAGAAGUAUAUAACGUAACUGAAAACAGCAAUAUGUAAAACAGUGUACCUAUCUGUGUGUGGAAAUGUUUGUGUCUCUUCACACUGCGCGCGCACACAAACACGGAGAGACGAGCGCGCUCUCGCUCCUGUGGACGAGGGCUUUUCGAGGGCGGGACACCUAAAAACUGCCAAAUGAAGGAAAAGAAAGAGUCCAGACUCUUUGAGGCCAAGGUUUAAAAAAAACCUGAACAGAAAUAAUGUGUGGAGGUGCGUCAGUGACGGACGGGUAGAGUCAAACAUUCAACAGAAGUAACAAAAACCGUACAUAGAGUCAGUCAUGGACAUUCAUCAUCCAUCAGGAGUGACACCAAUAGAUUUUAAAAUCAACUUUUACUUUUAUUACCAUCAGCUAUUAUUGACAUUUUAUACAUAAUUCAAAUGUUGAUGAAAAAAGAAGAAAAGAACUUCUUGUCCCAAAGUUGCUUGUUGAAUUUUUGAUUCCACCUCUGCAAAGGUACAGAGAACUCUCUGAUCGUCUCUGUCGAUCAGUGGAUCUGUGGUUUUUCCUCAGGUGGAUUUUUGUGUUGAACCUUUUCUUUUGUGGUUGCUCCUGCACAAUGCUGUAUUAACCGUUGUGUUUGUGCCUGUGGAAUUAUCC